AUGGAGAAAGAAUUUUGGCAAAAAAAUUUUCCUAAAGAAGAAGUUUUUAGUAGUGGUAAUAAAAAUCAACCUGAUAUUUAUUUAUGUAAAUAUGAUCUUAAAAAUAGCAAAUAUAAUGAAAAUAAAAAAAGAUCAGUAAUUUUAAAAAUAUUUUUAAAAAGUAUCUCAUUUUUACCUAUAAUAAAUUGGUUACCAAAAUAUAAUUUUAAAGAAAAUUUUAUUUCUGAUAUUGUAUCAGGUUUUACUACUGGAAUAAUACAUGUUCCACAAGGUAUAGCAUAUGCUAAACUUUCUGGAGUAUCUGCUGUCUAUGGAUUAUAUGUCAGUUUUUUAGGACCAUUUUUAUAUUUAUUUUUUGGUACAUCAAAACAUGCAAGUAUUGGUAGUGUUUCAUUUAUUGCUUUAAUGACUGGUGUAACUAAUGAAAUGAUACAAGAAAAAUAUCAUAUUGGUGAUUUUAAAGAAUAUAAUAAAACAUUUAUUUAUAAUAAUAAUGAAGAAUGGAAAAAAGAUGUAACUCCAAUACAAAUAACAACAUCAUUAACAUUUACUAUUGGUAUUAUACUUUUUAUAUCAGCAAUACUUAGAUUAAAAGUAUUAACAACAUACAUGCCUGAUUCAUUGAUAAAAGGUUUUACUACAGGUGCUGCUGUUCAUGUUCUUUUAUCACAAAUUGAUGAUAUUUUUGGAGUUAAUAUUCCUAGAAUAUCUGGUUUUGGUAAUAUUAUUUUUAAAUUAAUUGCUUUAACUAAAAAAAUACCAAAUAUUAAUUUUAUAACAUUACUUUCAAGUAUCUUUACAAUUGUUUUUUUAUGGAUAGGUGAUAUUUUUAUAACACCAUAUAUUAAAAGAAAAAUAAGUCCAAAAUUAGUUAUACCAUUUGAAAUGAUAAUAAUGGCAAUUUUUAUAUUUAUAUCAUAUUUUUUUAAAUUUAAUCAUAAUUUUAAUGUUGGUAUUGUUGGGGAGGUUUCAAAUACCCUACCAAAAGCUGAAUUACCAAAUUUUAAAAUUAUACCUGAUAUUAUUAUUAAUGGAAUUAUGAUAAGUAUUGUCAUUAUGACAGUUCAUUUAUCUAUGACUAAAAUGUUAGCCACAAAUAUGAAUUAUGAAAAAGAAUUAAAUAGUGGACAGGAGUUGUAUGCAAUUAGUUUUACCUCAACAAUUUCUUCAUUUUUUCCUGUCUAUCCAAGUGCAUUAGCAAUUGGGAGAACAAUGGUUCUUGUUUCUUCUGGAGGUAAAACUCAAUUAACAAAUCUUUUUUCUGCUGCUUUUCUUUUAUUUGUUAUUCUUGCUAUUGGACCUUUUCUUUAUCACCUUCCAAUGUGUAUCUUAUCAUCAAUAAUUGCUUUUGCUUUACGUUCAAUGUUUAAAAAUCUUUUAACAAUAAAAAGUGUUUGGAUGAGUAGUCAAUAUGAUGGAAUGAUAUGGAUUGUUUCAUUUUUAACAACUGUAUUUACGGAUAUAGUUUAUGGUUUAGUUAUAUCUAUAAUUUUUGCCUUAUUUACUAUAGUAUUAAGAACUCAAAAACCAAAAUGGUCAUUACUUUUUCCAGUUGCUUCAAGUUUUAUUAUACCAUUAUCAAGAAAUAAAAGUAAAAGUUUAGGUGAUAAAGUAGAUGAAAUAAGUAAUUGGAAUGGUGAAAAUGAAUAUUCUCCACUUUUUGCUGUUCAUAGAUUUGAGGGUCCAUUAGUUUUUACCAAUGGUGAUAUGUUUAGAGAUUCAUGUUUUAAUUCAAUGGAUGAAUUGAAAGAAAGAGUUAGAAUAAGAAAUUCAAGUGUUCCAGGAGAUAUGACAUCAUUAAUCUCGGAUAUUGUUUUGAUUCUUGAUUUUUCAAGAAUAUCUCAAAUAGAUUUAGCUGGUAUUAAAGUUAUUAAUGAGAUUAUAACUCAUGCAGAGAUGUUAAAAAUUCAAUUAAUUAUUACUUCAUUAAGUUAUUCAGCUUCGAAAUCUUUUAAUAAAGCAGGUAUAGUUAAAAGAGGAAUACCAAUUUAUGAUAAUGUUCAAAAGGCAAUAAAUGCUGUUAUACAUUUUGAUUAUAAUACUCAUAAAUGUAAUGAUAAUAUCUGUAUAAAAAUGUAG